GGCGGUUGGGGGGGGAUCUGUAGGGUGGCGCGCGCGGGGGGUGCAGCGCGGUUUUGUCUCGUCCUGUGGUGCGGAGCGGCUCGCGCGGUGGCCCGGGGAGGCCCCCUCGGCUUCCCGCAGGACGCCGGGCCAACGGCGGGCGGCUGCGGCGUCUCGGCCGGUCUGCGGCCCUGAGGGGAAGGGCAAGGGACUCGGCGACGUGGAGGGAGAGCAGUAGUUCCAGAGAACUGCUGGUUUAGAGUUUAGCUCUUGGGAGUUGUGAAAACAGUGAAGGAUGCUUAGACUACUUAACAUUCAAACUACCCUCUGGUUAAUCACCUUUAGAAGACUGGACUUCUGGAUGUCUACUCCGUCUCUAUUGAAUUAAACCAUGAAAAUGAAGCCUACAAUCCUGGCAAUCAUCUGUGAGCCUUAGUUCCAUUGCUUCCCAGCAUUUGAGACUUCCUCAGGGUACGCGCAAUGGCAUCGGCGGUGGUUGACAGCGGAGGCUCUGCUCUGGAGCUUCCUAGCAAUGGAGGAGAAAAUCAAGAGACUGCCUCUAAAACGCGUGCAGAGUCCAUUGGAAGAAGCCACCACGGCAGAACAUCCCUCCCAGGGAGGUGACACCGUCCCUGACUUCCCGGCAGUGAUUGUGGAGUCGGUUCCCAGUGCGAGGGUAGAGCAGGGCUAUGCUGCCCAGGUGCUGGUCUAUGACGACGAGACUUAUAUGAUGCAGGAUGUGGCGGAAGAACAGGAAGUUGAGACGGAGAAUUCAGAAACAGUGGAAGCAUCAGUUCACAGCAGUAAUGCUCACUGUACGGAUAAGACCAUUGAAGCUGCUGAAGCCCUGCUUCAUAUGGAAUCUCCUACCUGCUUGAGGGAUUCAAGAAGUCCUGUGGAAGUGUUUGUCCCUCCUUGUAUAUCAACUCCAGAGUUUAUCCAUGCUGCGAUGAGGCCGGAUGUCAUCACAGAGACUGUAGUGGAGGUGUCCACAGAAGAGUCCGAGCCGAUGGAUGCCUCGCCUAUCCCUACUUCACCAGACAGCCACGAACCAAUGAAAAAGAAAAAAGUUGGCCGUAAACCAAAGGCCCAGCAGUCACCAGUUUCCAAUGGCUCCCCUGAGUUAGGAAUCAAGAAGAAAGCCAGAGAAGGCAAAGGAAACACAACCUAUCUGUGGGAGUUUCUUUUAGAUCUGCUUCAAGAUAAAAAUACUUGUCCCAGGUAUAUUAAAUGGACUCAGAGAGAAAAGGGCAUAUUCAAACUUGUGGACUCAAAGGCUGUCUCGAAGCUCUGGGGGAAGCAUAAGAACAAACCAGAUAUGAACUAUGAAACCAUGGGGCGAGCGUUGAGAUAUUACUACCAAAGGGGAAUUCUCGCAAAGGUUGAAGGACAGAGGCUUGUAUAUCAGUUCAAGGACAUGCCCAAAAACAUAGUGGUCAUUGAUGAUGAUAAGAGUGAGACCUGCCCUGAAGACUUGGCAGCAGCUGCUGAUGACAAGUCUUUAGAACGAGUGUCACUAUCUGCAGAAAGUCUCCUGAAGGCAGCAACUGCCGUCCGAGGUGGGAAAAACUCAUCUCCCCUGAACUGCUCCAGAGCAGAGAAGGGUGUGGCUAGAGUUGUGAACAUCACCUCCCCUACUCAUGAUGGUUCCUCCAGGUCGCCUACUACCACUGCACCCGUGUCAGCAGCAGCAGCUCCAAGGACAGUUCGUGUGGCAAUGCAAGUCCCUGUGGUAAUGACAUCACUGGGCCAAAAGAUUUCAACUGUGGCAGUUCAGUCAGUCAAUGCAGGCACGCCGUUAAUAACCAGCACUAGUCCAGCUACGGCCAGCUCUCCAAAAGUGGUCAUCCAGACAGUCCCGACUGUGAUGCCAGCCUCCACUGAAAAUGGAGACAGAAUCACCAUGCAGCCUGCCAAGAUUAUCACCAUCCCUGCCACCCAGCUCGCACAAUGUCAACUGCAGGCAAAGUCAAACCUGACGGGAUCAGGAAGCAUUAACAUUGUUGGAACCCCACUGGCUGUGAGGGCGCUUACCCCUGUUUCAAUAGCCCACGGUACACCUGUAAUGAGACUAUCUGUGCCUGCUCAGCAGGCUUCUGGCCAGACUCCUCCUCGAGUUAUCAGUGCGGUCAUAAAAGGGCCCGAGGGUAAAUCAGAAGCCAAAAAGCAGGAACACGAUGUGAAAACUUUGCAGCUGGUAGAAGAGAAGGGGGCAGAUGGCAAUAAGACAGUAACCCACGUAGUGGUCGUCAGUGCGCCGUCUGCUAUCGCCCUUCCUGUGACUAUGAAAACCGAAGGGCUAGUGACGUGUGAGAAAUAAAUAAGCACGCUCCGGGCGGGCACUGCAGACUGUCAGGGUUGUCCUGACAGACGUUUGCAAGGAAGUCAUCAAGAAAGCCAGAGGAGGAUUUUCACACAACUGUGCAUAGAAGAAAGCAAUCAGAAGUACUGGAAGUAAAUGACCUAUCCCAUGUUUCAGUGGGAAGUGAACUACACAUUGAGAUGCUGACAGAAAACUGCCUCUUAAGUAAGAACAACUGAACCCUCAAUAAGAAAAGACUGAAAGGGACCAAGCAGCUCACUACACUAUCACGUUACACUAAGAGUUGGAACACUAACACCUGUAAGAGGUUACAUAGUUUUCAGUGGGGGGGUUGGGAUGGGUGACGUCAUUGUUACAAAGAGCAUUUCUUGAUGCAUUUUAUAUGCAUACCAGCAAUUAGCACUGUGCUUGGGCAGUGCUCACUUAACUGGUGCUAUGUGAAGACUCUGCUAAUACAGGUAUCUAGAAUGUGAACUGAGUGGAUCCAAAAGCUUCACACAGAGGAUAGCAAGAUCUAGUGCGCUUUUGUUUGUUUGUUUUGUUUUAUUUUUUGAUUUUGAAUAUAUAUAUAUAUAUCAUAGCUUAAGCUGUUUUAAAACAAAGGCCUUAGACUAAUUUUCGGUUUCCUUUCUUGAAAUAAGCUAAUGGCUUGUUUGUGUAAAGCUUUUUUAUUAAAAGAAAAAUUUUAAAAAUCUUGUACCUAGCACAGUAUUGUUAUAGAAUUCCCAUGUAACAUUUUCUAUGGUAGUUUAAGUCUGUCGGUUUCUUAAUUGUGAGGACAUUAACAGUUGGCUCCGGCCCUUUACUGUACCAUACCUGCGUCGCUCAAGUCGCCCUGCUGUCUGCAGACACAUCAGUAUCAGUUCUUCGGUCAUUCGACAUUCAGGCCCGCAUGAACUUGCCAGGUAGCUCCAGUGCCUGGUGUUUGUUUCCUUUCUCACUCUUUUUCCUUUUCUCCCUAAUUUUCUCUUUUUCUUUUUUAGUUGACAUUUAAGAGGGGAAGUACCAGUGUUCAGAUUUGAACUAUAAUAGUUUGUAUAUUCAACAUUUGAAGUAUAUUCUAUUUUGUUGUACUCUUGUUUCAAAGUGUAUUCAAGUAGGUUUUCUGAAAUAUAGAAGUGAACUUUA